AUGAAAGAUAGCCUAGGAACGAUUUCAGCCAUAGUAACGAUGGUGACGUCAAUGAUGGGCACAGGAAUUAAUUUCAUGCCUUUUGCGUUUCAGAACGUAGGAUAUGUCAGGGGCAUUAUUUUAAUCAACAUUGUGGGACUUCUGACGUUUUUUUCACUGUAUAUAAUCUCGAUUGCAGCACGCAUGUAUAAGGAUGGAGUGCCGACAUACUCAUUGCUUGCAGCUCAUAUUUCCAAGUACCUGAAGAUCCUUGUAGAUGUUUCCACAUUUGCCAGCUGCUUUGGAUCGAACAUAUUUUUCUACAGAUACCUCGUAGGGCUUGUGCAAAAGCUGAUUGUGUCUUUUUUUGGGUAUGCAGACAUUAGUUCUGAAAUGGGAAGAAAGAUGAUUGCUGCAGGGAUGUUUGUUCCGUUCUGUGCACUGUCUUUGAAGAAGAACCUGUCGAAUCUCAAAGUGUCAUCGUACAUUACUGUUAUUUCUGUGAGCUAUCUUGCACUGAUGAUGGUUGGAUAUUGCAUGUUUAUAGGAGAUGUGUGCUCUGAGGAGCCUAUCAAGAUGCAUGGGUCGAACUUUUCAAGCGGGAUUUCAUACUUUAUUCUGGCACUGGCAUGCCAGGCAAACAUGGUGAAGACAUACACCGAGCUGGAGGUGCGGACAAUAAGUAGUAUUGUGAAGGUGACAUUAGCAGCAUCGCUUUUUGGAACACUGAUUUAUGGAACAGUUGGUCUGUGCGGAUAUAUCGUUUUUGGAGACACGAUAAAAGGAUCUGUGAUAGACUUGCUGAUUGAUCCUAAUAGCAACAUCAAUGUGUACCUGCAAAAUCAUACGGUUGACUCGUAUGGGAUUUCAUCGAAGGCAGCAUGCCUUGGAGCAAUAAUGGUCUUGUUUGGAGCGUUUCCAAUGCAAAUGAAUCCGAUGUGUGAGAUUUUACUGAGCUACAUAGUGAAAGACAAUGCAAAUGCCGAUAUGCUGUGGAAGAAGGUGAUAUACAUAGUGAUGGCAGUCUUUCUUGUGCUUGCACUGAUGAAAGACCUUAAUAUAGAUACCAUACUGCAGUUUGUGUCAAUAACCGCGAUCAACCUGACGUCGUUUACAUAUCCUUCGAUAUAUUACUUGUUUGCCAAGAAGAAGAUGAAUGUAACAACAAUUCUGGCAGGACUCAUGGGAAUAGGCAGCAUUGCUUCCAUGGUGUACAUGACACUCGACAUACUAUAA